GAGAGGGAGAAGGGAGGAGAGAGUACACGAGUAAGAGGCAGGUUUUCUUUCUCCUCAUGCAUGUUUUAGUUUUUGUAUUUCUUUCCUCUGCGCCCUGUGUGUGUGUGUGUGUGUGUGUGUGUGUGAAGGAUUGUGGCGAUGACGGGUUCCCCGCGCAGCCUAGCGAUCCUCCACAGAUGGACACAGCAGGACGAUGAGAUACUGAGAAAUUAAAUACAGGGAAAGGAAACAAAAUCAAUGAAGGAAAGGGGAGACGACUUUGAUUCAAAGCUGCUCAGCUCAGGCUCUACUGAGUGUCAGUUCAUCCUCUCUUGAAUUUGUUGGGGGGGGAUCGAAGCAGUUUGACAGAAUGUUAAAGCAGUAAAGGCAAGAUGCUGGGAAUAAAAACAAGUCAAACAGAACGAAAAUGUUAUUUACAUUUUCUCCUGCGCAGAGAUAGAGGGGAGACCAGAGAGGCAGCAGAAGAUUUGAAGGAGAGUAGUGCACGUGUGUUUUGAGAGGCACAGUGUGCGGGCAUUGAGAGAAAGAGAGAGAGAAAGAGAGAGCAGCGUUGCACCAGCAUCCCACAGCAGACGGCUGAGGACCGCCGAUGUGUGUGUGACUGUACGGCUGAAGAGGAGGAGGAGGAGGCAGAGGGUGAGCAGGCUCGUGCACUCUGCAGAGGAACACUCAGCAGCAGCGGCAGCGCUACAGUGUUGGCCGGCACCAGCUAGGAGUCCCAGCGCUGUCGCCCCGCAGACCACCGCCGUGGGACCUGGACACACCAACGCUGCGCAGACCCCUCCGCGACCGGCGCCAUGGCACAAGCCGCCAAGCAUCUCCGCAAGAACAAGGAUUUAGAAGCCCAGCUAGAGCAGGAGCGCAAAGAGAAGGAGGAGGAGAGGGUCAAAAAGAGGAGUCGCUCACGGGAUAAAAAGCGCAAGGCCCACGCCGUGCAUCGCUGGCUAAUCGAUCAGGACAGUAGUGUGAGCUCUGAGAUGCCGGAUGGCCAAGGAGUGUGGCACUAUGAUGAUGAAGCAGAUGCUGGCAACAGUUUUCUCCGAGCGGCCCGUUCUGGCAACCUGGACAAGGCCCUGGACCAUAUAAAAAAUGGCAUUGAUAUAAAUACAGCCAAUCAGAAUGGGCUCAAUGGGUUGCAUCUGGCCUCCAAAGAAGGCCACGUUAAAAUGGUGUUGGAGCUACUCCACAAUGGUAUCGUACUGGAGACCACCACAAAGAAAGGGAACACGGCCCUGCACAUUGCGGCCCUGGCAGGGCAGGAGCAGGUGGUCGCAGAGCUGGUUAACUACGGGGCCAAUGUCAACGCUCAGUCCCAGAAAGGUUUCACUCCACUCUACAUGGCCGCACAAGAAAACCAUCUAGAGGUUGUGAAGUUUCUUCUGGAGAACGGAGCCAAUCAGAGCAUUCCGACUGAGGAUGGAUUCACUCCUCUCGCCGUGGCUCUUCAACAGGGACAUGAGAAUGUUGUAGCACUGCUCAUCAACUACGGCACCAAGGGAAAGGUCCGCCUCCCCGCUCUGCACAUUGCAGCACGCAACGACGACACACGCACAGCCGCAGUGCUUCUGCAGAAUGACCCCAAUCCUGAUGUACUCAGCAAGACAGGAUUCACACCCCUUCACAUUGCUGCACACUAUGAAAACUUAAAUGUGGCUCAACUGCUGCUCAAUAGAGGAGCCAAUGUCAACUUCACCCCAAAGAACGGAAUCACUCCUCUGCACAUUGCAGCCAGACGGGGGAACGUGAUCAUGGUCCGACUCCUGCUGGACCGAGGGGCUCAGAUUGAUGCCAAGACCAAGGAUGAGCUGACUCCUCUGCACUGUGCAGCCAGAAAUGGUCAUGUCAGGAUUAUAGAGAUCCUAUUGGACCAUGGAGCCCCCAUCCAGGCAAAGACCAAGAAUGGCCUGUCUCCAAUUCACAUGUCAGCACAGGGGGACCACAUGGACUGUGUCAAGCAACUUCUGCAGUACAAUGCAGAGAUAGACGAUAUCACACUGGACCACCUUACCCCUUUGCAUGUGGCAGCACACUGUGGCCACCAACGGAUGGCCAAAGUACUGCUGGACAAAGGGGCCAAACCCAACUCUCGGGCAUUGAAUGGCUUUACUCCUUUGCACAUUGCUUGUAAAAAGAACCACAUGCGGGUGAUGGACCUCCUGCUUAAACACUCUGCAUCAAUAGAGGCUGUGACUGAGUCUGGCCUGACCCCGUUGCAUGUGGCAUCAUUUAUGGGUCACCUGAACAUUGUGAAGAUCCUGCUGCAGAAAGGGGCUUCACCCAGUGCCUCCAAUGUGAAAGUGGAGACCCCUCUUCAUAUGGCGUCUCGGGCAGGACACUAUGAGGUGGCAGAGUUUUUACUGAAGAACGCAGCACCUGUGGACGCUAAGGCUAAGGAUGACCAAACACCUCUUCAUUGUGCUGCUCGGAUGGGCCACAAGGAGGUAGUGAAGCUGCUGCUGGAGCACAAAGCAAACGCCAACUCCACCACGACAGCAGGCCACACCCCCCUACACAUCGCUGCUCGGGAAGGUCACGCACAGACGGUACGCAUCCUCCUGGACACGGAGGCUCAGCAGACCAAGAUGACGAAGAAAGGGUUCACUCCGCUCCACGUAGCCUCCAAGUACGGCAAGGUGGACGUAGCAGAGCUUCUGUUGGAGAGAGGGGCCAAUCCGAAUGCUGCUGGGAAGAAUGGUCUGACUCCACUGCAUGUUGCUGUACAUCACAACAACCUGGAUGUUGUCAACUUGCUUGUCAGCAAGGGCGGGUCGCCACAUAGUGCAGCUAGGAAUGGCUACACUGCCCUCCACAUAGCAUCAAAGCAGAACCAGGUGGAGGUGGCUAACAGCCUGCUGCAGUACGGAGCUUCAGCCAAUGCUGAGUCACUGCAGGGAGUCACACCUCUCCACCUGGCCUCGCAGGAAGGAAGGCCCGACAUGGUCUCCCUGCUCAUCUCCAAACAGGCCAACGUCAACCUCGGAAACAAGAGUGGAUUAACUCCACUCCAUCUGGUAGGACAGGAAGGACAUGUUGGCAUUGCCGAUAUCUUGGUGAAGCAAGGAGCUUCAGUCUACGCUGCCACGCGAAUGGGUUACACACCGCUCCAUGUAGCAUGUCACUAUGGCAACAUCAAGAUGGUGAAGUUCCUUCUGCAGCAGCAAGCCGACGUCAACAGUAAAACAAGGCUUAGUUACACUCCUCUGCACCAGGCGGCCCAGCAGGGACACACAGACAUUGUGACACUGUUGCUGAAGCAUGGAGCACAGCCUAACGAGACCACAACAAAUGGUUCUUCAGCUCUUUCCAUCGCUAAGAGGUUGGGCUACAUCUCCGUGAUUGAUGUCCUCAAGCUCGUCACUGAAGAGACGGUUUCCAUGACGACCACUGAAAAACAUCGCAUGAGUUUCCCAGAAACAGUGGAUGAAAUACUGGACGUGUCUGAGGAUGAAGGAAUUGCACAGCUAACAUUAGGAGAGGAGCUCUUGGGGACAGAAGGGGCCAGGUACAUGAAGAUGGAUGACUUGAAAGACCAUGAUGACGAUUUCCUCUCCCCAAAGAAAUCUCUGGAGUACGAGAGAGGGCUGGGCACAGCGAAUUACUCACCAGCCAUUCCCAGGAUCCCCAGAGUCUCUCCAGAGACCGUUAUCCUGAAAGAGCACGCGAUGGAUCAGCACACUCCGCUUCCACUGCCCAAAGAAUAUGAUGAUGACUCAUUGAUCCCCAGCAGCCCGGCGACUGAGACGUCCGACAAUGUCAGCCCAGUCGCCAGUCCUAUACACACAGGGUUCCUGGUCAGUUUCAUGGUCGACGCUCGAGGCGGCUCAAUGCGAGGCAGCAGGCAUAACGGCCUGCGCGUCAUCAUACCUCCGCGGACCUGCGCGGCUCCCACCCGUAUCACCUGCCGCCUGGUGAAGCCGCAGAAGCUGACCAGCCCCCCUCCGUUGGUGGAGGGGGAGGGGCUGGCCAGCAGGAUCAUCUCCCUGGGGCCGGCCGGGAUGCAGUUCCUGGGACCGGUGAUUGUGGAGAUCCCCCACUUUGCUGCUCUGGGUCGUGGUGAUCGGGAGCUCGUGGUGCUGAGGAGUGAGAAUGGCUCAGUGUGGAAAGAGCAUCGCAAUCGCUACGGAGACGAGGUGCUGGAAACAAUCCUCAACGGGAUGGAUGAGGAAUUAGAAAGUCAAGAGGAGCUCGGGAAGAAGCGGAUCCGUCGCAUCAUCUCCACAGACUUCCCUCUUUACUUUGCUGUUGUAUCACGAGUCCAGCAAGAAAGCGACCUUAUUGGGCCCGAAGGAGGUUUGCUGUCAAGUAAACUGGUGCCAUUGGUCCAGGCAUCAUUCCCUGAGACGGCAGUCACCAAACGAGUCCGCCUGGGGCUGCAGGCUCAGCCAGUUCCAGAUGAGCUGGUUGCCAAGCUGCUGGGUAACCAGGCAAACUUUAGCCCUGUGGUAACCGUGGAGCCGCGGCGACGCAAGUUUCACCGGCCCAUCGGCUUGUGCAUACCCCUGCCCCCGUCCUGGAGGGACAGCCCCCGAGACUCCGGGGAGGGCGACACCACCAGUCUGCGUCUGCUCUGCUCCGUCAUAGGCGGCACAGCCCCGGCUCAAUGGGAAGACAUUACAGGCACCACCAAGCUUGUGUACGCUAAAGACAGUGCCAGUUUCACCACCAAUGUUUCAGCACGAUUCUGGCUCGCAGACUGUCCUCGUACAGCGGAGGCCGUCUCCUUCGCCAACCUGCUCUACAGAGAGCUGUCGGCCGUACCCUACAUGGCCAAGUUCGUGGUGUUUGCAAAGAUGAAUGAGCAGCGAGAGGGCCGCCUGCGCUGCUACUGCAUGACCGACGAUAAGAUGGAUAAAACCUUGGAACAGCAUGAGAACUUCACAGAGGUGGCUCGCAGCAGAGAUAUAGAGGUGAUGGAGGGGAUGCCGCUUCACCUGGAGUGCUCAGGGAAUCUGCUUCCCGUGAGGAAAGCCACCCAGCAGCCUCGAUGCUUCAGCUUUCAGGCCUUCAGAGAUAAUCGACUUCCUGUCUCUGUUAAGGUGAGAGACAGCAGUAAAGAACACACGGGAUUUCUGUCUUUCCUGCGCAAGUCCACCAAAUAUGAGGAGAACCAACAUGUGCUCUGUAACCUCAACAUCACCAUGCCUCCAUGUAUCAAGACCGCUGGAAGUGAAGACCGGAGGCGAACUCUGACCCCGCUGGCUUUAAGAGAAAGAUACAGCGCCCUUAAUGAACCUGCCAUGGCGUCAAUGAGUGCCAUGGAGAGGACAGAGUUGAAGAUGGCUGUGAUAGCAGAGCAAUUGGGGCUGAGCUGGGCUGAGUUGGCACGCGAGCUUCAGCUCAGCGUGGAUGACAUCAAUAAGAUACGUGUGGAGAAUCCUAACUCGCUGCUGGAGCAGAGCUCUGCGCUGCUCAACCUCUGGGCCACCCGCGAGGGCAAGAGGGCCAAGAUGGAAAGCUUGUACGCAGCUCUGAAAAGUAUUGACCGUAUGGACAUAGUCACCAUGUUGGAGGGCCAGCCGCCCCAGCCCACCAGGCAGGGCUCCCGCGAUUUCAGCAGGCGUCGGAACAAUAGAGACAACGUCUCCCCUAGUAUGACGAAUGGUUAUGGGCUCGCGCAGGAAGAGCUUCUCUCGCCGGCCUCCAUGCAGUACAGCCUGCCCUCCCCGCUGGGCGCUGAGCCUUACUGGCAGGAAGUCUCCAGUCUGGACUGUGCUCCCAUUGCCACCACAGAAGAAGACACCCUCAUGGAGAUGUCUGAUGUUCAGGUGUGGCCCUCAGGCAACAGCCCGUCCCUGGUACCCGUGGAGGACUCCUCGCUUAAGUGCAGCAAUGCUGACGAUUCAGAAGGCCUCCUGGGGCUGCCGUAUGGAAGUCUGGGUCGGCCGGCCAGUCAGGCCAGCGCAGCCAGCGGAGGGGGUGGGGUGCUGAGUGGUUCCAUUGAGCUUCCCGAAGACGAUUCAGAGAUGGGCGUUGACUCACUCAGCACUGCGACGCCAGCCUCGCUCGGGGGCACCAUCGCUGGGAUGAAUCUUAACAGGCUGAACAAUUGUCAGGGGUCACAUGCAAGUUCGGAGGUGUCAGCAGUCACCAGUACGGCUGGUGGAGAUGGAGCUGGAGGAGGAGGAGGAGGAGAAGGAGGAGGAGGAGGAGGGACGGGCUCAGAGGAAGGGCUUUCUCUUGUUGCAGGACAGCAAAGGGUGUAUGCUCGACUCAGUGAGUCACCCGGUCUGAGCUGUGUAGCAGACCGGAAUGGAGACAGGUCAGGUAAUGGUGGAAACGGAGGGGGCGGAGGCUCUUUCCUUUCCUACCUGCAGGAGCAGACAGGCCCGGGGUGGAUCCCUGUCCCUGACCCUACACAGGCCUGGGUGGGCAGUCAGCUUAACCCCAGGCAGACCAUGGACACCAUGAUAUCAUCCGUGUGUAACGCCGUGGAUGGAGACCUGUCCCGAGUGUCCCAGGAGGCCCUGCUUCAGCCUGUGAGGGACACGGGGCACUCCGAGAUGUUACGGGGUCACUUCAGAGGGACCCAGCCUUUUGAGAAGGGUUUGGGCUUCCCGCACAGGGUACCAGAGCCGACAGCUUGGGACGAUGUGCGCCUGAAGGGCCAGGGCGAUGAAGUGGAAGAUCUUCCUGGAGAGCAUGUAAGCGAAGAACAGUUUACCGAUGAACAUGGUAACAUCGUCACAAAAAAGAUUGUGCGUAAGGUUGUGCGCAGAGGGAAGGGUUCAGGUGAGGAGGGUGUGCAAGAGGGGAGCCUGGAGGGUUCUCUGCAGGAUGCCAACGAGCUGGAGGUUGAUGCUGAGCAGUUCAUGAGCUACGCCAUCCUGGGCCGGGAAAGCAGCAAGCCCGAUACUGUGGAUGUGAAGAAGGGUGCUCAGAUAGUGAAAUGUGCCAGUCUGCGGAGAGUUAAGCAGUGAGGCAGACAGAGUGCUGCGUCCCUGCAGGAUUCAACCACUUCACCAAAACCAUCCUACAUGGACACAUGACCAGCAGCAGCUGACAGGAGAAGGAACACAAAAAAAGGCAGACAGACAGAAAUGAACGGCAAUGUCAUGACAACCAUAACGGCUAUGCCUACUAUCAGCACGCACCGGAAGAGAAGGAUAUGGAGUAGUUUUUAUUAACUUUCUUUUUUUUAAAGAAACCGUGGGAAAAAAAAUCUAAUACGCUAGAAGCAUGAUUUCAUAUAAAACCCCAAAACAACGGAAAAAAAAACUAGCAACCAAAACGUGCUUCCUGUUAUCUGUAUCAGCAUGAGUGACUGCUGCCGCAUGGCCUGUCUUUAACUACAAAAAACGGAGAGAAUAUAAGGGUGGGUCAAAGGGUGGGGAGGGAUGGGAAGGACAUACAGCUGUAUGGGACAGACAUGCAAUGUAAGGUACUGUCUGUUUUUUCCAAACCAACGGGGAAAAUGUUAUCAGUAAAAUUUAAAUGUAAUAAAUAGAGAAGAAGAAAAUACUCAGAAUUACAUAAUCUCUAAGCAACAGGUUACUCCUCCUCCUCUCUGCCACACUCUUCCGGCUAGGAGCAUCACAAACUAGUUCAAAACUUCUCAAAGUCCAGAAAAGCUACAAUUAUCCCCCAAGGAUUUCAGUGUUGUUCAUAAUAUUGUUUGCACUAAAAUGCUCCACGGGACUGUGUGUUACGUGUGUUGUUGGUGUUUUAAAAUCCCUAUGCCAUGCCACUGAUGCUGCUUUUUCAGGCACAUUUUUAUUUUUCUGGUUUGGUUCACUCGGUCUGAACCUUUAUAUUAUUCAAUAUAUCUUGAAAUCUGUGUGGGUAGAACAUGCAAUUGUUGUGUCGCUGUUUUUAAAUGUCGGAUUUUUGUGUGUCGGGUUGUUUGCUUCUUUGUGCUUUUAGCCGUUGCUUUUGUCAUGUCACACUGCAGAGGGAGGACAUGAUGUUAGUCAUUUACUGGACUGUGAGCUUCUACAGUGAACCCGCCUCUAUGACCUUUCUCCUCUUUGGUUUGCCUUUCGGAUAAAGUGACAAAGAGAUACAUGACGAGUGACACGAUAAAAAAUCUUCUCUAUCAUCUCCCUCCUCUGCCUUUUCCUGUCCCAAGUGUGCCGACUAAAUUUUAAGUUUCAGUUAAACAGAUGUCUGUCGGAUCCAUACCCAUACACCCUCACCUUAAAUCUUGCCCUUAUCACCCUACCUCCUGCUUCUCACCCCCCUCCUCGCCCCUCCAGUCGGCCUCUCAGAGUAGAUGUAGCAGCCCCGUCCACCUCCACCAGGGGGCAGGCCGUCAGCUCGUAGCAGUGCCUGUUUGACCUCAAAGUGCAGUGUAUGACACCACCCCACAUAUGAUACAGUUAUAGACCGUCUCACCACCACCAUCAGAAGAUGUCACUUCAUAAGAGUGCAGUAAAAUCCUGGUAAUAAUGUAGCACUGGUGUGAAAGAUGAAGGAACGUGUCAUGCCCAAGGGUCAAGGAUGUGUUGAGCUCUGAUGUUUGUCUUGCCAAUUGUUUGGAGGGUAGAAAAGACAGUCAGUCACCAAUCACUGUGAUGAGAAACUGUAACACUGACCCGCAACUGUGAGCCUAACACUUCCGGAAGCCUGUAUCUUCUUUCACACCUUUCUUCUGGGUUUUGUCUUUAUUUGUCAUUAUUUACUGUUUUAACUGUACUUCAGAAGAAGCAAUAAUUGCUUACAAAAGGGAAAUAUUGUUUGUGUGAAUGUGUUUGAUUGUGUGUUUGGGAGAGAGAGAGAGAGAGAGAGAGAUUUUAGGAUCAUAGUUCAUUCUUCCAGCUCGGGCUGUUAAUCACAGCUUUAAGCUACUCCUCGCUCCACUCAGAAAUGAUGUCAGUACAUUAGUAACCCACAUCUCAUCACUUGUCUGGGAAAACAAAAUAUGAUUUUAUGAUCAAGACUGGGCAAAUAAUGGUGUGCCUCAUGUACUCAUCAGGGAAUGUAGGUGUGUUUAAUCUUGCUUUUAAACAAUAGCAAGAAAUGAAUCCUAUUGAGAGUUAGUGUGUGCAUGUGUUCAUGAGAUUGCGUGAGAGUGCGGGAUGUUUAAAUAUCACAGUCUGUCCUGGAUUUUGGGACAUGUCAACGUUGUGAUAAUAUCACAGGAAGUAAUAAUGCAAAUGGACAAAGAGAAGAGCCUCUCAGAUUAAAACUCCAAUUAAAAACAAAAACAAAUUUCAACCUAAUGACCGUACCAUCUCACAUGACAUCAAUUAUCUACAUGCAUUUAUUUUAGACAUUAUGUUACACUUUUGAAUGCUUUGUAAUGGAAAAAUGUGUCACAACGUUAUGAUCACCCAUCAAUAUGUGUUUGUUUUAGUACGGUUUCACAGCCAGGGAUGAUGAAUGUAAAGUCUUGGUGUACUAUAAGUCUUGUUCUAAAGUAUCAUCUGUGGUGGCUCUUAACUUCAGUAGGUGAUUCCAUAAAACAAGUCAUGAUGUUGAUCAUCAACACUCAUUAGAAACAUGAAGAGAAAUCAUGUAUAAGGAGAAAGAAGCCUCAAAUGCAUGGGUUUUGGGCAUUUUAACAAAUAUCCCUUCAUCAAAUAUUAUUUCUACUUAAUUAUUUUUUAAUAACCAGAAAAAGUUGGAUGUCAAAAAAUAAUUUACACAGCAGUGUAAUUGUUUACUACUAUGUUAUUGCGUACGGUUUGCUCUCUUAGGGCUCAUAGCGCUGGAUACGCUUGGGUUGGUUUCUGAAAUAGGCCGUUUCAAAAUCCACUGCUGAUGGCUGGAGUAGGAUAAAAAGACAAUAAGAGGGAGCACUUUGAAGUUAGAAGGAACAACUGUGUGGAAGCUUAAUGAGUGUGUGGUCAUUCAAGAUGACAAGCAUUUAUCCUCAACACAACCCUAAUAUAUAUAUCUGCCCCCUUUACUAAUAUUAGACCGGACCAAUUCAAAGGCUUCCACGUGGUGAGUUUGAACGUGAUUUGAAAGGAGGAGUCCAACUAAAUGCAAGCAGAGGAAGGAGUGGUUGCAUCACAAAAAUGAACAAUGUAAAGCCCUGAGAUGAUGCCAUGCCACAGGUUCAUGCAAAAAUAAUAAUUGUUGCAAAAACUAGAGAACACAUGUAUAUUCCUGUAGAAUGGAUUGAAGACAUUAUUAUCGCAAUAGCAUAUUACUCAAUACUAAGGAAUGCAACUGCGCACAGAAAUGCACAGAAAAUGUUUUUAAAAUAAAAGGCUAUAUAUAUAUAUAUAAAAAUAUAUAUAUAUAUAUGAAAUAUAUGAAUAUAUAUAUAUAUAUAUAUAUAUAUAUAUAUAUAUAUAUAUAUAUAUAUAUAUAUAUAUAUAUUUACUUAGAAUGCUAUGCACCCUUACUUGUCAAUUGGGAUUAGUUAUGUUAUGGAUGUAUUUUUAGCAUCAUACAGCUGUAGCUACCAAGAGACUGUUGAGUUCUGGGUAAUGCCUGCAACCUAGGGAUACAACAGGGGUCUUGUGGGUAUUUUGACCUGUUUUAUUUGCUUUUUUUUAUUGUUAUGAAGAGUCAAACAUGAAUUUAAAAUAUACAUGUAAAAGCCUUUUAAUCCAAUCAAAUCUGAGGACAUAUAUUGACAAUUUACUCUGUACACCAGCUCAACAUUUACAAAAUUAAUAAAGAAAUGAAAUGUC